AUGGGAACGGAAGUGUUGAGACCACAGGAUUGUUUGACUCACCGGAUCAGAGUCCCUCCGGCGGCUUUUCAUCGCCGGAAAACAACUUUUUCCGGAUAUACAAACCGUGUUCCUCCGGUAAAUAAGCCGUUUAUUAGGACAGAGAAGCCUGAUCGUCGCUGGCCGGAGCAGAGGAAGCGAUCGCCGGAGAAAUCGGCGAUCUCGAAACGGUCGGCGAGCUCCGGCGAUUUGAUGAACAAACAGGCACAAAUCAACAGCAAAAACAACGUGAUUGCAUCUGAAAAUGUGAGAAUAUUGCGGCGAGGUGAAUCGCUGAUGUCGAUCAGAGAGAAUGAGAAGAAAUGUGAGGCGGUUCGGGUCGGGUUAGCGGAUGUAUAUUCCGGAUCAACUGCGACAAUGUCGCCGUCUCCGAGGGCAUUGCCUGUACCGUCGUUUUUUAAAAAGGGAGCUGAUCGAAUGCUCGUCGAUGAUUUGGCCACGAAAGAUUUACGACGACUGCUCCGACUUGAUUGA